CGUGACAUAGCAGGCCUCGCUAUCACUGGGCUAUUUCUUUUGUCUUCAUACCUCCAAGCCGGACCAUGAUAAUCAUAUAAGACAGCAUAAAAUUGGUCCUGGGAUACUGUCUCUUCUGGAUUCGGUUGUAGACCUCAGCCUUCUUACACACUAUGGCUUCAUCACGGCGAAUAGCGCGAUGGCUUCACGCUCUGAUACUCAUCAGCCCAUUCAGCACCGGUUACGCAGCAAGCACCAGGGCAUGGCGAACCCGAUCAGUGUAUCAAACCAUGACAGACUGCUUCGCACGCACCGACGGCUCGACAAGCUCUCCAUGCAAUACGACCGCCGGCCUCUACUGUGGAGGCACCUGGCGCGGCAUGAUCGACCAGCUGAGCUACAUCGAGGGCAUGGGCUUCGACGCGGUAAUGAUCUCGCCGAUUAUCAAAAACGUCGAGGGCCGCGUAACCUACGGCGAAGCCUACCACGGCUACUGGGCGGAGGAUUUGUACACCCUCAACCCGCACUUUGGGACUGAGCAGGAUCUCUUGGACCUGAGCCAGGCCCUGCACGACCGCGACAUGUAUUUGAUGAUGGACACGGUCAUUAACAACAUGGCCUACUUCACCAACGGCACCGACCCCGCCACGAGCAUCGACUACACGCAAUUGCACCCCUUCAACGAUGCCAAGUACUACCACCCCUACUGCCCGAUCACCGACUACAACGACUACCCGCUGGCGCAACGCUGCUGGACCGGCGACGACAUCGUGGCCCUGCCCGACCUCAAGACCGAAGACCCCGCCGUCCAGCGCAUGCUGAACAGCUGGGUCCAGGACAUCAUGGCCAAGUACUCGAUCGACGGCCUCCGCCUCGACGCCGCCAAGCACAUCACCCCAACAUACCUCCCCGACUUUCAAGCGGCGGCCGGCUCGCUGGUAACCGGCGAGGUGUUCGACCAGUCCGUCAGUACCAUCUGCAGCUACCAGGCCGACGCGCUGACCAGCGUCCCCAACUAUCCCAUCUACUAUGCAUUGCUCGACGCUUUCACGCUGGGCAACACCACCACGCUGCCCAACCGGGUCGAGGAAAUGAAACACGCCUGCGUUAACGUGAGCACCCUCACCACGUUCUCCGAGAACCACGACGUCGCUCGAUUUGCAAGUCUCAUAGACGAUAUAAACCUCGCAAAAAACAUCCUAACCUUCACCCUCCUCUCCGACGGCAUCCCCAUGAUCUACCAAGGCCAAGAACAACACCUGAAUGGCAGCCACGACCCCCUCAACCGCGAAGCCCUGUGGCUCACGCACUACGACACCGGCGCGCCGCUGUACAAGCACAUCGCCACCCUGAACGCCCUCCGACGACAUGCCAUCCGCACCGACCCGGACCGGUACAUCGACAGUCUCACCUACCCGAUCUACCGCGGUUCGAGCGAGAUGGGAUUCCGGAAGGGCCGCGAGGACCGGCAGGUGGUGAUGGUGCUAUCAACGCAGGGGACGGGGAGCGGGGCGUACAAGAUCCGGCUGACGACGGGGUACCAGCCCUCGGUGGCGGUGGUGGAGGUGCUGACGUGCCAGACGUAUACGGUGAAUGAUGUCGGGGAGAAGUGGUGAUGGUGGUGGUUCAGAGGGGAAUGAAAAGGAAAGAUUUACGGGGAUUCCUUCGGAGUCUUCAUCUACUUAUGUUACGGGUGUGGGGAGGGUGGGACUGGGGAUGCUGAUGGGCUGCUGGAUCAUGAUGGUUGUUUGUGGGAUGUAGAUGUGCGGUUGUGGGAUUGCGUGCUGUUCGCAGGAUCGCUGGAGGGAUGCCUGAUGCUUUCAAAUGAGCAAGCAGUUGAGUGUAUCGAGAACUACAGAUACUGAACGAUUACUUUAGAAAUGCAGCGGAUGCGUGAGUGGAGUUGUCAUUGUUUCCUCCUUGUAUGCGGCUAAAAUUGAAGCUGUGCAUACUAUGUCACUCCGCUUGAAUACCAUGGCUGUCUACCAGCAUGGGCGGAGAACCAA